CCAUGGCACAGGUGAGCUUCCUGGCCUGUGCCCUCUCCUUCCUGCUCCUGGUGGUGAACCCAGUGGGCACUGCAGCGGAGGUCCCCCGAGUGAAAAUGCCCACCUCCAACCCCGAGGUCCAGAAGGCCGUGGCCUUGGUUGUCAAGUCCUACAACAGGCACACUGGCAGCGAGUAUUAUUUCAAGCCACAGAACAUCCUGAACUCAGAGAGCCAGGCGGUGGAGGGCAUCAAAUACUUCCUGACCAUCGUACUGGCGCAAACAAAAUGCAAAAAGAGGAAGAUGUAUGAACUGCAAGAAGCGCAACUGAAAAAGUGUAAAUUUUUCCCUGAAGCCAAACAGCAGAAACACACCUGCGAAUUCGAGAUCUGGAUGAACGAGAAGCAAACCAGCGCAGGAAUUCAACCUUGGAAGCGUCAGAGUUGGCGGUGCCCCUAGAAGCUUCUGUGGGGGUUGGUAAAUGUAAAUAAACAGAAGCUUUACCACAGUUUCUGAACCAAAAUAUACCCUGCAGUAUAAUAAAGUGUCACAUGGGCUUGUGUAACAAGUAACAGUAACUUUACUUCAAUUCAAAAGGUCAAACAGGGCAACAAUACAUACAGCAGUUUCUCUGAAUUCACACAGCGAACAGAGGGAAUAAGCUGUCCUUUUAAACAGUCUUUAAAAU